UUUUGCGCAUUUCCUGCACCAAGGCCAACAGAGGAGGAGGGAAAGCGAGAGAGAAAGAGAGAGAGAGUAGGAAAUCACCGCAGCUACCAACAACAGUCUCAGCAGUUUGGCUCCGCGAGUUGCCAACAGCAGCCAGAAAACAAAAACAACAAAAAGAAAACAGGUAGUGGCGAUAAUCACAUUGCUCUACGUCCCCUCCCUCACUCUGUGUAAUUAUAGUAAUAUAAAAACAAAAGCCCAGUUUGUUUGGACACAAAACAAAAAAGUCGAUUUCCUGCAUGUAACCCCCUUAUGCAGAGGGUGGCUGAGUGUGGAUUAAGCAGAAAGGGGGAAGAGAGGCUAUGCGGACCGCUGGAUGAGGAGCACAAGACCACUUAUUCAUUACCUUCCAUCUGGGCAAAUUUUCGGUGGUAAAAAAAAGUUUGGGAGGAUUCUCUCUCCUUUUCCCACUCUCACCCCCACCUCCUCCCUCCCUCCUUCCCUCGUCCUCCCUGUUUUCCCUCCAAGGAUUUGAGCGAGGAGUUUGAGGGGCCGGGGUGCUUUUUUUGCUGCCUGCUUUCCUGAGGUCAAUUCGUACCGCAGCUCCGGCGAUAGAGGAACCGGCCGCCGGUGGGUCCAGGGUCUCCCUCAGUACGAGAGUCGCUCUGCUCCCUUCCUCCUUGCGCCCUUCUCCGCCUUCCUUGACGAAAAGUAGCAGUGGAUCCAGGCGGGCGAGCGGAGGAUUCGGACGGCAGCGCCUGGCGGGCGGGCGGACUCACCUCCCCCACCCUCCUUACCCCCUCUCCGUAGAGCGGAGCGAUGGUCGUCUUCAACGGGCUGCUGAAGAUCAGGAUCAGCGAGGCUGUCGACUUGAAGCCCACCCCGUGGUCGCUGAGGCAUGCUGUGGGUUCCAGGCCCCAGACUUUCCUGCUCGACCCUUACAUUGCGGUCAACGUUGACGACUCGAGGAUCGGCCAGACGGCCACCAAACAAAAAACUAACAGCCCCGCCUGGAACGACGACUUUGUUACCGACGUGUGCAACGGCAGGAAAAUCGAGCUGGCCGUCUUCCACGAUGCGCCGAUCGGUUACGACGAUUUUGUGGCCAACUGUACCAUUCAGUUCGAGGAUCUAUUGCAGAAUGGCAGCAGACACUUCGAAGACUGGAUAGACCUGGAACCAGAAGGCAGAGUGUAUGUUGUCAUAGAUCUCUCAGGAUCAUCAAGUGAAGCACCAAAGGAGAAUGAAGAACGUGUGUUUAGAGAACGAAUGCGACCCAGGAAGAGACAAGGAGCUGUACGGCGGAGGGUCCAUCAGGUCAAUGGACACAAGUUUAUGGCCACCUAUCUCAGACAGCCAACAUAUUGUUCACAUUGCCGUGACUUUAUUUGGGGAGUAAUAGGUAAACAAGGAUACCAGUGCCAGGUUUGCACUUGUGUGGUGCAUAAGCGAUGUCAUGAACUUAUCAUAACCAAGUGUGCUGGCUUAAAGAAGCAAGAAACGCAGGAUGAGGUGGGCUCUCAGCGCUUCAGUGUCAACAUGCCUCAUAAAUUUAGCAUUCACAAUUUCAAAGUACCUACGUUCUGCGAUCACUGUGGUUCUUUGCUCUGGGGUUUCAUGAAACAAGGAUUACAAUGCAAAGUAUGCAAGAUGAAUGUCCACAGACGCUGUGAGUCCAAUGUAGCACCAAACUGUGGAGUCGAUGCUAGAGGGAUAGCAAAGGUGCUAGCAGAUCUCGGUGUCACUCCAGAUAAGAUUACAAACAGUGGGCAAAGGAAAAAAAAGUUUUACACAGGUCCUGAUCCACAGCAAACAGCUCCAGGAGCACCACCAUCCAAUGAAGACAGAUCAAAAUCAGCCCCAACAUCACCUUCUGAUCAGGAACUAAAAGAACUUGAAAACAACAUCAGGAAAGCUCUUUCGUUUGACAAUAGAGGGGAUGAACACAAAGGAGCUGAAGCAGAUAAACAAGUACUGACACCCGGUGAAAAUGGGGAAAAUGGAGAACUGAGAUCUUUGCAGACGAGGCAUUAUAACUUAGAGGACUUCUCCUUCAUUAAAGUAUUAGGGAAAGGCAGUUUUGGCAAGGUCAUGUUGGCUGAACUGAAAGGUACAGAUGAGGUUUAUGCUGUAAAGGUGCUAAAGAAGGAUGUUAUUCUCCAAGAUGAUGAUGUGGACUGCACUAUGACCGAGAAGAGAAUUCUGGCACUAGCAAGAAGGCAUCCUUACUUGACCCAACUCUUCUGCUGCUUUCAAACAAAGGAUCGCCUUUUUUUCGUCAUGGAAUACGUAAAUGGAGGCGAUUUAAUGUUUCAGAUCCAACGUUCCCGCAAGUUUGAUGAAGCUCGAUCAAGGUUUUAUGCAGCAGAGGUCACUUCAGCGCUGAUGUUCCUUCACCAAAAUGGCGUCAUCUACAGAGAUCUGAAACUGGACAAUAUCUUACUGGAUGCUGAGGGGCACUGCAAGUUAGCUGAUUUUGGAAUGUGCAAAGAAGGUAUUCUGAAUGGCAUCACAACUACAACUUUCUGUGGCACACCUGAUUAUAUUGCCCCAGAGAUCCUACAGGAACUAGAGUAUGGCCCAUCAGUGGAUUGGUGGGCUUUGGGGGUUCUGAUGUACGAGAUGAUGGCUGGACAACCACCUUUCGAGGCCGACAAUGAAGAUGACCUUUUUGAAUCCAUCUUGCAUGAUGAUGUGCUGUACCCAGUCUGGCUCAGUAAGGAAGCUGUCAGCAUUCUGAAAGCGUUCAUGACUAAGAGCCCAAAUAAACGUCUGGGUUGCGUGACAUCUCAAGGUGGGGAGGAGGCAAUUAAACAACACCCAUUUUUUAAGGAAAUUGACUGGGUGCUACUGGAACAGAAGAAAAUCAAACCCCCUUUUAAACCAAGGAUAAAAACCAAAAGGGAUGUGAACAACUUUGACCAAGACUUCACACGUGAGGAACCUGUAUUGACGUUGGUGGAUGAUGCUAUUGUUAAGCAAAUAAACCAAGAUGAAUUUAAAGGUUUCUCUUAUUUUGGUGAAGAGUCAAUAGCCUAAGACAUCCUGGUGCUGCCUGACAUGCCAAUACCAUGCAAUGGUCUGAGAAAUCUAGCAAGUUUUUAGGAUCGAGUUACUUAGUACUGUGUAGUACCUGUAUUCCCCUGCAGUAAUAAGUGUUUAUGUUUCUACUUGUUUCAAUUUAAAUUAAUGCACUCCAUGAUUUUAAUUCCUUAAUUUCUAUUUAAAGAUGAUUAUGUUGCCCAUAUUUUCAGCCCUUCACUGAAACGGGGCUUGACAGAAGAAACUUGUGUGUGUAAUGCAAACAGUAUUAAAAGUACCAAUUACUAGUAGUACUGCAGGUUCAUUCAUAUACAGCAGGAACUCCAGUACAAGGAAGUGGAAUAGCUGUGUGUCAACAGAACAUGUGAAACAGAACUACAUACCAGAGCUUGACUUGGAAAUUGAAGCUUAGGAAAAUCAACCACUGGCUGGCUUGUCUUGCCAAUCAGUUGAUUAUUCCACCAGUGUGGAAAUUGCUCAGGCAAAGAUAAAGGGUUACAGAGUGGUUUAUUUUAUUAUUUUUAUCUUUUUGUGGAGAUCUUACACUGUUUUGAAUUGUCACUUUUUGUGCAAUUUUUAGUGAAUUAGGGUGUGUGAAAUCACAUUAAACAUCUGGGUGCUGCCUAACCUGGAUGAAUACUCAACCAAGUAGAUUGUGAGUCAGUCAUGAUUGUGCACUCAUCUCGCUGACUUCUCAGUUCUUUGGUGACUGUCCUACAGCAUACAGUGUAAGACUUGCUGUAACCUAGAUCUUGAACAAUCACAUUGCACUGAAUUGUAGGCUUUAUUUAAAACCAAUGCUUGUCACCAAAACCAGAGUUAUCUGACACAUUUGUUAUAGUAGUGUGUUAAUUUGGCACAUUGCACAAAUUCUUGUUUAUACUACUGCCCCUCAACUGUACUAUAUUUUUUUAAAUGUGUAUCUUAUUUUUAACUAAGAAUUGAGGGUAUAAAUUACACCCAGGCAAUGUAGACAACUGACGAUCAAAUCACACAAAAACUGACAAGAUUAGGAUUGAGAACAUUGUUUUGACCUAUGAAUAAUACUCUGAAAAUUGUGACUCUGGUUAAGGAUAUGAUAAUGUACGUGUAUGCUAAUAAGCAGGUCCAUUCUGGUUGUAUUUUAUUUUAGUACUUCAUGUGUGUAUGAAUGUGAAUAAAUGUAUAGGUGUGUGUGUGCGUGUGUGUGUGUGUGUGUGUGUGUGUGUGUGUGUGCACGCGCACCGCGUGCCCUUAAAGUCACUUAUAAUUUUACUGGAUUGGUAUCCCAGUCACUGGGACCCACAUUAACUGAUGCAUCUGGAUCCCCAGAUGUAAAGAAGUACUUGUGAGUCGCAAGGUAGCACUAAAAAAAAGGGCUCUUUGCUUUUUGUACAGGCAAAAAAAAGUUGUAAAUACUGUUUGCUGCAAGGCCUGUGGAGUUCAAUGAACAGUAUCAACUGCUGCAUGUUCAGGCAUAUUAUAUAUAUAUAUAUUAUAUAUAUAUAUUAGUCAUUGAAAUAAAGUAAUUAAUGAUAAUGUCCAUGUGCAAUACUCUGUGUAUUUGUUCAAAUUGCUGUCUAACAAGUUGAUUUUUUGUUGCCCAAUGUCAUUACCUUGUAUUAAGCUAUACUGGAGAUCUUGUAGAAUGCUUCAAACUGCAUUAAGGGUAUUAUUAAAAAGGAAGACAGAUAUUAUUGCAGAUGUUUGCAGUGUUGUUACAGUUGCUCUCUUAAGGCAAGUUUGUCAGAGUAGUUUCAAGUUGAAGGGGCAUUUUUAAUUAUUUAUGUGGCAAGAGGCCUUUGUGUAUGCAGAACUUAAAAGUUGAAACAUUGUUAGCAUCCCGUACAUUCCUCAAACUUCAAUCUACUGUUUUAAGCAUGAGGCUCAUGGUGAUAUUGAUAUAAAGCAGGCCUUGGACUUAAGCACACUUGUAUUUAGAUUGUACAGUUAUAAGAAAAUAUGACAGGUAAUCAAGUUGGUUCAAUUAAUGGAAUUGGGUGCUUGAUGGUCAGUGCAGACUCGGUGGGUCAAAGGAAGUCCUUCCGUGCUGUAUGACUCUAUGACUAUGAUUGUGAAGACUUUGCAUGGACAGAUAAUCAUUCCCUCAUUAUUCACUUUUCCUUGACCAUUCAUUAUUGGUUUACAUUCACAAGGUUCCUUAUUACCUCCUAGCUCAAUUAUAAGACAUUUAUGGCUCUUAACUGUGGAAGCAAGUUGUAAAGCUUCCCCAACUGUAGUUAGGUCUUCUCCUUUCCUACAUCUGCCAAUUUCAAUGCAGAAAGAAAGCGGCUGUAUUUCUAUCUCUGUGCUUCUUCUAUCUCAUUCAUUUUCUUUUACAUAGAAGAAAACAAUCGCAUGUCUGCUUUAUGGAGAGCAAUGAAAGGUUUGUCUCCAAAAACAUAGCGAAAUAAAUUACCUCUUUUAACUUAAGUAAUGUACAGAAUGAGUCUGGCUGAAUCAAAAUGUUCUAAGUUUAGUUUCUGUUUUUUUUGUGAUGCUUUGUUUGUACAAAAGUUGUUUUCAUCAUGGAUGUAUUUUAACUCUCCUGCCAUCUGUAGUGUUAUUUCAUUGUAAACCUUAUUGUGUGCCAAAUGUACUGUAUGCAACAGGAUCUAAAUGUGUAAUGUUUGUUUUAAGACCCAAUAAAAAAAAAGUACAA